UAGUUGGUUGCUAGGCAACGGCGAUCAUAUCUGCAGCUGUAGACCUGGGAUUGGUUUGGUCUGAACAUAAUUUCAUCACUUUCCUGAACUUUGUAACGCACGCACUGCACGCGUGAUACCCUCCUCGGUAGGUAAGAGAAAAUUCGCGAGCAGUGCCGCUAUUUCGCCACUCAGUCCAGCCAUGGAGCUGACAGAGGCGGAGGACGACCCGGCCGCCGCCACCACUCUGUCGGGCUCUGAGAGCUCCGACAUGGAGGGCCUGUCCGCGGAGGAAGAGGAGGCAGAGGCAGAGGGGGAGGAGGAGGCAGAGGAGGGAGCGCCGCGGAAGAGGGCGCGCACAGCCGAGCUGCGCCGUCCGCCCACGGCAGAGGAGCUCAUCAGCCUGCGGCAGACGCAGAACCUGUUCCACUCGAACCUCUUCCAGCUGCAGACCACUGAGAUGCUGGCUGAGAUCACGCCGUCGGAGAAGCAGGCCUCCUCGCUGUCUGCCUGGCUCUCCGAGCUCCGGCAGUGGCUCGCUGCGCUGCCGACGCGCCCGUCGCGGCCACUGCGCCGCCAGCCCUGGCUGCAGAAGUCGGGUCUGGCCGUGCCGCUGCCGGUGACCCUCCCCGAGGAGCCGGCGGCUGACCAGCUACCGUUCGGGUUCGCGCCGCCGACUGCCGUGACUGAGUCGGGCGCGCUGGCCGCCGGCGUCCUGGAGAGGGGCGGCACCGUGGACCUGCUGCUGGAGAUGCCGCCCAGCUGCGUGCAGACCGGCGACAUCGUCAACGCCAGGUACGCCCGGAAGCGGGCGCUCUACCUGACGUUCCUGGCGACUCGGCUGCGCUCCUGUGAGCUGGUCUCCUCCUGUGAGUUCACGCUGCUCGGCUCUGACCCGCUGCGUCCCGCGCUGCUGCUGCGGCCGUCCGCCCGCGGCGCGCGGAAACACUCGGUCCGCCUGCUGCCCGUCCCGCCGGCGGGUGUGUUUCCGCCGGAGCGGCUCGCGCCCACCGCCUCUGCCGUGCAGAGCAAGUGGCUGACGGGCGAGGCGGUGCCGCCGCAGCGCGAGGCGCCCACGCCGCGCUACAACAGCGCCGUGCUGGCGGACGCGGCGGCUGUGGAGCUGGCCGACUGGUGCCGCCGGAGGGUGGACGAGGCGCCCGCCGCGCGCACUGCGCUCAGGAUGCUGGCGGUGUGGCUCCGGCAGCGCGGACUGGACCGAGGCGCCGGCGCCGUCGACCUCGGCGUGCUGACGCUGUUCGUGCUGUGGCUCUUCCAGGAGAGGAGGCUCUCCAAACUGAUGAGCGGCUAUCAGGUGAUGCGCAAUGUGUGGGUACAGCUGACCAAGACAGACUGGGCUGCAGAGGGCAUCACGUUCGUGGCCAACCCGACCGGCCACCAGCCCGCCCUGCAGAUCUUCAAAGAGAGUUUCGAGGUGGUGUUGGUGGCGCCAUCUGGGUUUCUGAACGCCGCCUGGAGCGUCAGUGGCGCCACCUAUUCCCGGCUCCGGGAUGAGGCGGCGCGGGCGGUCGCCUAUCUGGAUGACCCGGACGUCGACAGCUUUCAGGCGCUGUUUAUGACGCCGCUGCCGUUCCUGGAGUCUAUGGACCACGUGUUCCACAUCAGCACGGCGCCCCUGACCGCCGACCUGACGCCGUCGCGCGACUACCCCUGCGGCGGACUGCAGGCGGUGCUGCCGCGCGUGCUGGACACCCUGCGCCGCGGUCUGACCGACCGGGUCCUGCUGCUGGACACGGCGCGGGUCCCGGACCCCGUGUGGACCCCGGCGGAGCCGCCGCCCGCGGACCCGGACUCGCUGACGCUGGGCGUGAGGCUGAGCCCGGAGCGACUGACCAGUAUCGUGGACAAGGGGCCGGACUCGGAGAGCCGCGAAGCGUCCGCCCAGUUCCGCCGCUUCUGGGGCGCGCUGGCCGGCACGCGCCGCUUCCAGGACGGCAGCAUCCAGGAGGCGGUGGUGUGGCGGGCCGAGACGCUGCUCGAACACAGGAUGGUCUGCAGGCAGAUAGUGGCACACCUGCUGCAGCUGCACUUCAGGGUGCCCCCCUCCGCGCUGCGGUACCCGGCCGAUGGCCCGGAGGCGCUGCUGUCCCAGACGCGCCAGCUGCCCUCGUUCCCGUACGGCGCGGGAGAGGAGGCAGAGCUGGCCCUGUCGGCCGCCUUCGGACGUCUCUCUGCCGUGCUCCGUCGGCUCGAGGGGAUCCCCCUGGCCGUGGCCGCCGUGCUGGCUACGGCGCCGGCGCUGCGACACGCCGCGCCGUUCCCGCCCCUGCCAGAGAUGUGGCACGCGCUGAGCGGGAGGACAGUCAGAGAGGGGGCCAAUCAGCUGCUGGAGCGUCAGACGGAGCUGCCGCUGCCGUACGCUCCCGUCUGUGACGUGGUCGUUCAGCUGGAGAUCAGCGGGAAGUGGCCCGAGGAGCCGGAGGCCAUCCGACGCGUCCGCUCGGCACUGCACCUGCAGAUUCGUGAGGAGCUGGGUGGUCUGGGUCUGAUCGCCUCGGCCCGCCGCGACUGCGUGCUGGUCAUCUACGACGGCUACCUGUUCCGACUGUGUGUGGCCUACCCGCGCGAGGCAGCCAUCCUCCGGCUGAGGAAGCAGCCGGAGGCGGCCGCCGAGCUGGACAGGCGCACCGGGCAGCUGCCCAAGCUGACCUCGGCUCUGGGCGCGCUGCAGAGACAGUACCCCGCCUACAGCGCUUCGGUGCGGCUGGCGCUGCGCUGGCUCUCUGCCCAGAUGAUGUCCGACCUGGUGCCCGACAUCGCCGCCGAACUGCUCAUGGCUCAGGUGUAUAUCGGUAGUGCGCCGCUGCCGGUGCCGCAGCAGCCGUCGGCGGCCCUGCUGCGCUGGCUGCGGCUGCUGGCGCACACUGACUGGCGCCAGCAGCCGCUGCUGGUCGGGCUGAAUGGCGAGCUGACGGCCGAGCAGCAGGCCCCCCUGCUGGCCAGGUUCCGCACGGAGCGGGACCGGCUGCCCGCGCUGGUGGUGUUCACGCCGUACGACGAGACGGGCACGGCUUGGACCCACGAGCGGCCCACCGCCGUGGUGCUGCAACACGUACAGAAACUGGCGUCGUCGGCUCACGAGCUUCUGACGGCUCAGCUGAACGCUCCACCGGCCUCGGCGGACCCGCUCAGCGACUGGCGAGCCAUCUUCCGGCCGCCGCUGGAAGCUUUCGACAUCCGUAUCCGGCUGCGGCGCAAACAGAUCCCGCGCCGCCACCAGGCGGUCGACCCGGCGGGGAAGCAGUCGCGUGCCGACCCGUACUCGAAACUCCCGUACGAGGCGGUUCCUGCCGCGGAGUUCGACCCCGUUCAGCGGCUGGUGGCGGAGCUGCGGGCGGCCGCCGCCGGCUGGGCGCUCGUCUGCCACGACCGCUGCGGAGGCGAUGUCAUAGGCGUGGUGGUGCGCCCGGACGCGCUGCGCCCGCGCCCGCUGGCGGCGUUCCGCUGUGAGGGCGACAUGCCGGCGGGCCGGGGCGGUGCGGAGGUGGCCCCCAAUGUGGCCGGGUUCGUGGACCUGGCCAGGACGCUGGGCGGUGAGCUGGUGGAACACGUGGAGCUCGAGGCCGACAGGCUGACGGCGAUGGCGUAAGUGGAAGGGGAGCGUCCCUCAAGAGGGUCCUCACUCCCUCAUGAGGGUUCUUACUGAGGAGGGCUGGUCUUCCCAAGCAGACAUGCGCUGGGUGGAUCGGUUUUGAAGAACAUGGUGGGAGGAGUGCGUGUGUGUGUUUUGGUACAUGUAACGGACGAUGUUCUGCCCUGAACCUGGCGAAAUAAGAGCCAGCGAUGCAAAUGGUGUGUCGUUGUUUUGGACGGGUGUAUUUUGUAUGAGACUGCCAAUGGGUCUGUUCUUGGUCUGCGAAGUGGACAAUACACCCCCUUCCCAUUCAAA